AUGUUUGCAUCAAAAGAAAAAAAUGUUUGUAAGAAAACAUUCCAGAAACCUAAUAUUCUUAGGAGAAAGGGAAUGGUUACUGUUCCUAAAGCAAAUGUAGUCAGUACUCAUGAAUCCCCUGAAGCAUUCACUCUAGUCACCAGCACAACCAGGGGAAGACCUGUCACGGAACAAUUAGACAAUAUUGUGAAUCAUGAAGAUGUCAAUGUAGCAACAUGGAAGUUAACAUUAAGGAAUGAUUGUGAGGACAAGCACAAUAAUAUACAAAUAUUGAAGGAGACUGAUAUACAUGCCAAUAUAAGUGACAAUACAUCUAUUAUGGAAAUUAAAAAUGAAAGUAAAAGCUUUGAGCAGAAUGCGCUCAAUAUUGAAUCGUUUUUAAACAGUGCUGACAGCAUUGAAGAGGAUUUGAGUUUCUCCUGCAACCCUACUGAAAUAACAGAAAUGAAGGCCUCUCAAAGUAAAAGCAUAUGGUGUUUCGACAUUACCAACAAUUCCAGAGACAUCAUUAUAAAUAACUACAAGGAGGAACCAUCAGAAGAACAGAGUGAUUCAACCGUAGUAGCAGCUUUGGAGUCCACCGACGUACAACCAAAGGUAGUGCACGACCUGAUGACAUUAGCCAAACCAACCCAAACCGUAGCAGUCGACUGCUACACUAAUAGAGCUGUUAAGUUUAAGUGUGACCAUCCUAAUUGCAAUAAAGGGUUUUGGAGCGAAGAGAAAUUGAGGAAGCACAAGAACUCGCACAACAGGCCAGUAUAUAGGCCUCAGACACAGACGAAAUAUGAGUGCCCUGUGAAGAAAGCUGACGAUGGAACUGAAGAAAAAUGUCCUCAUACCUAUAAAGUUAGGGGUGACCUGCUAAAACAUUUGGAGGAGGAUCACACGACUGAUGAAGCUCAGCACAGGUUUAUUUUCCAAUGUAGAAAGAACAAUAAAAUUAUGUUUGCAUCAAAAGAAAAAAAUGUUUGCAAGAAAACAUUACCAAAACCUAAUAUUCUUAGAAGACAGCUGGUUACUGUUCCUGUAGAAAAUGUAGCUAGUACUCAUGAAUCCUCUGAAGCGUUCACUCUAGUCACCAGCACACUCAGGGAAAGACCUGCCUCGGAACAAUCAGACAAUAUUGUAAAACACGAAGAUGACAAUGUGGCAACAUGGAAAUUAACAUUAGACAAUGAGCAACCAUCGGAAGAACAGCCUGAUUCAACAGUAGUAGCAGCUUCGGAGUCCGCUGACAUACAACCAAAGGUAGUGCACGAUCUGAUGACAUUAGCCAAACCAACCCAAACCGUAGCAGUCGACUGCUACACUAAUAGAGCUGUUAAGUUUAAGUGUGACCAUCCUAAUUGCAAUAAAGGGUUUUGGAGCGAAGAGAAAUUGAGGAAGCACAAGAACUCGCACAACAGGCCAGUAUAUAGGCCUCAGACACAGAUGAAAUAUGAGUGCCCUGUGAAGAAAGUAGCUGAGGAUGGAACUGAAGAAAAGUGUCCUCGCACCUACAAUGUGAGGGGUGACCUGCUGAAACAUUUGGAGGAGGAUCACACGAUUGAUGAAGCUCAGCACAGGUGCAUGGUGUGUGGGCGACGUUUCUUCUGGGCGCUGGGCCUGCGCGCGCACGGCGCGUCCGUGUGUGCGCGCGGGGGGCUGGCGUGCGCCUGGCCCGGCUGCGGACGCGUGUUCCGCCUGCCCUGUCGGCUCAGGGAACAUGCACGGGCACACACUGGAGACCGACCCUAUCUGUGCCGGUACCCUGAGUGUGGCUGGGCGUUCCGCUCAGCCAGUAAGUUGGUCCGGCACGCGCGGCGCCACACGGACGAGCGGCGCCACGCGUGCGGCACGUGCGGGCGCGCCUUCCUGCGCCGCGAGCACCUCCGCGACCACUGCGCGCGGCACCACCAGCCACACGCGCGCACGCCGCAUCUCUGCACGCAUCCCGGUUGUGAACAAUCUUUCACGAACAUGAGCACCCUGUACAUGCACAUGAAGAAAGUUCAUAGGAAGGUUGAGCAGGACGCCGUCGCGUCUAUAGUAGAGGAUCCCGCCCAGUACUCCACCGAGCCUGUCACUCUAAACGGGGAGAACGUGUAUUUGGUUCAUUUGCCCAAUGUGGAUACAGUGGGAGAAGACGAGUCUGUUAGAGAAGUAUCGUCCAUGAAUUGUGAGCUUGACGCGGACCAAUUAGCAGUAGAAGGUGUGAGCGGGGACUGUGGGGAGGACGAGGAGGAGGAAGAGGAGGUUGGUGUCGACGGGGAGGAGGGGGCAGGGGAGGGAGAGCUGGGACAGUGGCACGCUGCGCGCACGCACUGCACCUGGCCACUACCGCGUGCGCAAGCGCAUCUCGUACUUGAUGACGACGUUCAGGUGGAACGAAUAGAAGGUUCAGUUAACGACGUGUACACUGUCCGCAGCGAUCUCUUCCUUCAUGGCAACGUGCCUAUCGAUGAGGAUAGCCAGCAAAUCGUCAGCACGGCGUUAUCAAGCAGCGAGACAGGGACUCUAGACACAGAUCUCUACUUGAUCGACUCACAUCCUACCAUUGAUCUCAUGCAGGAGGAGCUGAUGUACGAAGACGCUAAUGACGAGUCCUCGUUCCGGGUGUUCCUAAUGAACGGGGAGGAGCUCACAUAA